AUGGAGCCCAAGUCCCCCCACGGCAAGCCCGACGUCGAUGUCGACGUCGAGGCUGAGGGUGAUCAAUCCAGGGAAGAUGGUGAUCGCACGGCGCGCAACGUGCGCAUUACCUUUGAGGAUUCGUCCGCCACCGAUAUGGAAGGCACUGCCAUCGAAACCAUGCGGUCCAUCUACCAACCCGCCGGUUUCAACCGUACCCAGUCCACUGGCCGUGAUACCAUCCGCAGCACUCGGAGUACUCGCAGCACUGGACAAACUGCCGUUGGAGCCCAUGCAGGCAUCCCCAUCGAAUUCCGCACUCUGUCCAUCCAGAUCUCCGAGUCUCAGAACGCACCCAAGCAGGUGAUCGAAGAACCCCCCAAGGAAAAGCUGCCGGACCAGGACUACUUUGAGAGUCUCGACUUCCACACCUUGACCCAGGAUCAGCUGUGCCAGCAGUUCAAUGUCGACCAACGCACCGGUCUCACCAGCUCGGCCGCCGCUACACGCCUCGCUCGCGAUGGCAAGAACGUCAUUGCGCAGCACCGGGAGAACUACCUGAAGAAACUCUUCUUUUACGUAUUUGGUGGAUUCUGUUCGAUUCUUUGGGUUGGUGUGAUCAUCUUCUUCAUCUGUUGGAAGCCUCUCAGCAACCCGCCCUCGCCUACCAACCUUGCCAUGGCUGUCUUGGUUAUCAUCGUCAUCGUUCUUCAGGCCACCUUCUCGGCUUUCCAAGAUUGGUCUACGAAACGAGUCAUGAACUCCAUUCUGAAUCUUCUGCCCGCCGAGGCCCUCGUCAUGCGCGAUGAGAAGUUCAUUCGUCUUCCCGCCACCGAGUUGGUCACUGGCGAUAUCAUCCAGAUCAACGUUGGCAACAAAGUUCCGGCUGACAUGCGUCUGCUGAAGACAUCUGGCGAUGUUCGCUUUGACCGUGCUAUUCUCACUGGCGAGUCGGACGAGAUUGACGGCGCUACCGAGGCCACCGAGGCCAACUUCUUGGAGACUCGAAACAUCGCCCUGAUGGGAACCCUGGUGACCAAUGGCAAUGCAACUGGUGUAGUCGUGCUUACGGGUUCGGGAUCGGUUAUGGGCCGUAUCGCGAAGAUGACUGCCGGCGUCAAGCAGAAGCCAACCUUGAUUCAGAAAGAGAUCAGCCGCUUCGUUGCCAUCAUCAUUGGCCUCACCAUUCUCCUUGCACUCUUGAUCCUGUUCACCUGGGUUGGAUGGCUUCGCAAGGAUCACCCUACCUACAUGAGCGUGGUGGCAAUGCUGAACAAUGUCAUGGGAUGUGUGGUGGCGUUCAUUCCCGAGGGUGUCCCCGUUGGAGUCGCCCUGACCCUGAUGAUGGUUGCCCGCCGUAUGAAGCAGACCAGUAUCCUGCCCAAGGGCCUGGCUACUGUCGAGACUCUUGGCUGCGUCAACGUGAUCUGCUCUGACAAGACGGGUACUCUGACCCAGAACCGCAUGUUCGUCAAGUCUUUCGGUAUGGUAGACUGGGAGUUCAGCAUCGACGACCUGGGAACCGGUCUUGAGGUGUCUCACGGACUGGCUAACGUUCUCCGCGCCUCGGUUCUUUGCAACGAUGCCACAUUCGAUUCGGAGACUAUGGGCCUCCCUUCGUAUGAGCGCAACGUGAAUGGCAAUGCUACCGAUGCAGCAGUACUCCGACUUGCCGAUCAUGUUGGUGCCGCUAACCCCAGGAACCUGGAGCCAUAUGAACGCAUCCACCAGAUUCCCUUCAACUCGAAGAACAAGUGGAUGUUAACCAUGCACCACGACCCUACCAACACCGCCCCGGGCUAUCUGAUCUAUGUCAAGGGUGCUCCUGAUGUGCUUCUGCCUCGCUGCUCUACCUACUGGUCUGCUGUCCACAAUGCCGUGCGCCCCCUGGACACCGAUGCUCGUGAGAAGUUCUCAGCUUUCCAGGCCAAGUUGUCCCGCCGCGCUGAACGUGUGAUUGUCAUUUGCCAACGUCGAUAUAUCCCUGUUCACGAAGUUGGCUCCAACGGGUUCAGUGAUGAGAUUAUUGAUUCGGGUGUGCAAGAUCUGACCGUGCUCGGCAUCUUUGGUAUCAUCGAUCCCCCUCGUCCAGAGACUGCUAGUACCGUGGCUGCCUGCCGACGUGCUGGUAUUCGUUUCUUUAUGGUCACUGGUGACUUUGGUCUGACUGCCGCUGCGAUUGCCCGGGACAUUGGCAUCUUUGACGGUGCUGCCGAGCCAGACACUAUCGACGAUCUGCGCGACUUUAGCGACGAAGGCAAGACCUCUCACUCGCGCCACAGUCUGUUACUUGAGGGAACUAGUCUUUCGUCCAUGACUCAGGAUGAGUGGUCGACGGUGUGUAGCUAUGACGAGAUUGUCUUCGCUCGUACCAGCCCCGAACAAAAGUUGCGCAUUGUUUCCGAACUCCAGGCCAAGGGCAACUACGUUGCCGUGACUGGUGAUGGUGUCAACGAUGCUCCAGCUCUGCGGGCUGCCAAUGUUGGUGUUGCUAUUGGCGGUGGUAGCGAUGUUGCUAUCGAGGCCGCCGACCUGGUCUUGCUGGACCGAUUCGAUUCUAUCGUCGAAGCUAUUCGUCUGGGUCGCCUGGUGUUCCAAAACCUGCAAAAGGUCAUCGCCUACCUACUGCCCGCCGGUAGUUGGUCCGAGAUCUGGCCCGUGAUUAUGAACGUCUUCUUCGGCGUGCCAUCUCCACUGAGCUCCUUCCUCAUGAUCAUCAUCUGCGUCUUCACUGAUCUCUUCCUCUCACUCUCCCUAAUCAUGGAAAAAGAAGAAUUCGACCUGCUCAGCAUUCCGCCCCGCAACCCAAAGAAAGACCACCUCAUCAACCUGCGCAUCUACGGCCAAUCCUACCUCUUCGUCGGUGUCAUGGAAGCCUUCAGCGCCCACGGCAUGUUCUUCCUCUACAUGUGGAAAGCCGCCGGCAUCCCCUUCUCCGACCUAGUCUUCGCCUUUGAGAAUUACACCGACGGUUUCCACGGCUACACGCAAGACCAGCUCACGCACUUCAACAACGUCGGCCAGUGCGUCUACUUCGUUUCCCUGGUCAUCAUGCAGUGGGGCAAUAUCCUCUCCGUCCGCAGCAAGCGCAUGUCCCUGCUCCAGGCGGAUCCUAUCCGCCCUGCUCGCCGCAACCCCUGGCUUCCCCUGGCCAUGAUGAUUUCCCUUGUCAUUGCCAUCUUCGUCACUGAAGUCCCCGGCAUCCAGUCUCUCUUUGGCACGGCCUCUGUCCCCCUCGAGUUCUGGUUCAUCCCGCUGGGCUUGGCACUUGGUAUCCUCGUUAUGGACGAGCUACGCAAGGUGUUGGUGCGCCAGUUCCCCAACGGCCCUGUUGCUCGGAUUUCGUGGUAA